AUGACCAAGUUAAAAAAUGAUUUAAUAUACGACAACCCCGAUGAAUCACUUCUACAAUUGAGUUUACCCGGUACCGAGUUGUAUUCUCUUUCCGGAGAAAAACUCGAGGAUAAAAUCAAUUUGGAAUUGCCAGCCUCACUUGACAUUCAAGAGUUUGAUUUAUUUGGUUUUUCUAGUGUUCAUGGCGUACUUUGUCUCGUUGAGUCUGCUUAUAUGUUAUCUCAAAGAAUUGUAUUGUGGAAGCCAACCGCCAGUGGUAAAAUCAGGAUCGUCCAUCCCAGUGCUGAAAUGUCGCAUCGCAUUAAGUCAACUUUCCAUGAUUAUGAAUAUCCGGACUUCAAAGUUCAUGGGUUUGGCUAUGACCGUGUUAAAAGGGACUAUAACGUGAUUCGUCACGUAAAAAUUGUUGAAUAUUCGUAUGUGAGCACCGUCUGGGAGAUAUAUAGCCUACAGAAAAAUUGCUGGAAGAAACUUGAUUUUUAUAUGCCUGUUUCUUAUUCAAGUCACCCAGAUUGUCACGUGUACUCUGAGGGAAUGUGUCAUUGGUUGUCUGAUCUACGCGGACUAUGUUUAGUAUCAUUUGUCUUAAACAAGGAAGUGUAUGGAAUCACACCGAUACCAUAUACGGGCGGAACUUUGGACCUUGAUGCAUAUUGGUUACAACUGAUUUUGUUAAAAAGGUCAAUUACCUUACUCUCACAUCGUAAAUAUACGACAACAUUUCAGAUAUCAAUUUUAGGUGAACUUGGUGUGCAAGAAUCAUGGACGAAACUGUUUACGAUCGAGAUGAGACCUAGUGUUAUGCGUCCUAUUGGAAAUGCGGAAAUAUUCUUCAUAAUUGGAGACAAUAAGUUAACAUGGUGGGAAUAUUUAAUUAAGCACAUAUUUGGGGAGCUUGAAGAAGACCAAGAACAUAAUCCCCUACUAUAUUGUGAGAAAAGUCUUAUAGCCAGUCCAAUGGAGCACUAA